UCUCUCCAGAACUCUUUUCAGCAUCCACCCCUGCAGAACAACUCCAGCAAAACUCUGAAAUCUCUCAAAAUCAAGAACAUCAGACUCCAAGAUGAUUUUGCUGUUCUUCAUGUUUGGCCUCUCUCUGGCUGCUGUUGUUCCUUCAGACAGACAGGAGAUGAAACUACAGCGGGGCGGCUGUCCCCCGUUCUGGUUCGGCUUCAAUGAGCGCUGCUACAAGUACAUCGCCACUUUGAUGACCUGGGCUGAUGCAGAGCAGCACUGUCUGACCCAAGGAGCCAACCUGGUGUCCAUCCACAGUCUGGAAGAAGAGAACUUUGUCAAACUGCUGAUCAGAAACUCUGAUCCCACUGAGAGUCCCAACUGGAUCGGACUGUCUGACAUUCAUAAGGAUGGAAGAUAUUUCUGGUCUGACGGGUCUGGAUUCAACUUCAAGUUUUGGAAUGCAGGAGAACCAAACAACUCAGGAGGAUCUGAACACUGUGUGCACACCAACUGGGGCCCAUCCAAGGGAUGGAAUGAUAAAGUGUGUAGUGGCAAAUACUCCUCUGUUUGUAAAGCUCGCCUAGUUUGGCAAUAG